AUGUCAUACGAACUUAUUGGACUUCCACGAAGUUGGUUCCUCGGAGCUUCGCCCCAGAAUCUCGAAGCUUUGAGUAGAAUCAUCAAUAAAUCUUACGAUAAAUGUCGAUUAAGAUUUGGAGUAAUUCUUACUCCAAGAAUAAAAGACUCAGCUAAAUUUUUGGAAAAUUUCCAGAUUGAUGACAAAAAGAGCUUUGUUAUGUUUCUAUUUCUUGGUCCUCAAUCAGUAUUUGAGGAUAUCAAUUUAAAGUUGAGAGAUUUUUCCUCUACAGAUAUAAAUGAAAGUUUUGAUAUGGAUAUUCCAAAGGAAUUUGUGGAGAAAUUUCAAUAUUCUGAUAAGGAUAUUUCCGUUAGGAUAGUGGGGGAUGACUUCGUGAUUGAUGAACAGGUCUCAAACAGAGUACUUGCAACCAUUGGCUUUAAAGGAUAUCAUUCUGAUGGACCUGUAAAGGAAUCAGUGAGGGAAAUAGAGCUUACUUCCUUUACAUCAUUUUUAAGAGGCACUGGACCAAAACUUUUUAACAUUGUGAUUGAUAAAAUUAUGAAGAAUAAGUCCACUGGUGUUGAUGAACAAUUAAAAUUAGAUAGAAACAAGCAUUCGGAAAUCUGCAUCCAUUCUACUGUUAUUAGAGAACAUGACCUUGUAUCCUAUUACAUUAAUAAAUGUGGUUUCCAUCAAGGAAGAGAUGAUAUAGAGAUUGAAAUUGACGAGGAAGGACUUUUGAAAGGUGAGGAAUUAGAAGAUGAUACAAGGGCAAGUCAAGAUUUUCAUAUUGCUUUUUUAUAUAGAACAAUUGAAUUACAUUGA